CCUCUUUUUCUCAAAAUUAAAAAUUAAUUUCUUACCCAUUUUAAUUUUCUGCCAUUGCAUUAUUCACAAUAUAAUGCAAUCAUAUGCAGAAGGAAAAGAAGAGGAAAGCCAUUUAGAAACUAAAGCAAAAAAAAUGGUUGAAUUUAUCCAAAUUGGUUUGAGAGUAUCAGCACUUGUUACUUCAAUUGCUGCUACUUCCAUUGUUUUCACUUCCAAACAAACUACCCUUGUCUUUGGCAUUCAAAUGGAUGCCAAAUACACCUAUUCCUCUGCUUUCAAGUUUUUUGCAUUUACAACUGCAAUUGCAAGUUUGUUUUCUUUUCUUUCUCUGGGUUUUACCUUCAUCCUCCGGCGAGUGGUAUCAUCCAAAACCAAAUAUCAUUUCUUCUUUUUCAUGCAUGAUCUGGUGAUAAUGUCAGUGUUACUAGCAGGAUGUGCCGCAGCAACAGCAAUAGGUUACGUGGGGCAAUAUGGAUAUGAACAUGCAGGGUGGAUGCCAAUUUGUGAUCAUUUUCCCACUUUCUGCCACAAAGUUACUGCUUCUGUUGUCCUUGCCUAUUUCUCUUUAAUCUUCUUUUUCUUCCUCACUAUCAUCUCUGCUACCAAGUCCACCUCUCCUUUCUCUCAACCUACUCAAAUUCAGAAUCUCUAAACUAUUAUUUACUAUUAUAUAUAUACCUCUACUACAUUAAUUCACUCGUACGUUCGAGGUUACAUUUGGUAGUCACAUUACUAGUUCAAAUUACGCCGUCAACAAGCUAAGCGUGGCUAUUAUUGUAUAUGAUGUUGGUAUUAUUGCAUGUUUGUUCUUUUAGUAAGAAGUAAAUGUUGACCUAUAUAUGUAUUUUUUAAUUUUUUUCAUCUUCCAUAGAUAUGAUUUAGUAGGUUUGUCUAGUACUUAUUUUUCCGUUUUAGCAACAAGUUUCUUAUCAUUUGGCUUCUUCCUCUUACAUGUAUUCAGUUAUGUUGUAUGAAAAGAAACGCAAUUGAAAGAAACUCAUGAGCUUGUUAGGUGUACACAUUAGUCUGCUGGAUUAAGUGCCAUACAGGGGAAAUUGUCACUUUCUAAGACAGACCAUGAGAUGUACGUAGUAUGUAUUUAUGCAAUUAAAUGUCAAGUAGUAGCACGUAGUACUUAUAUAUUAACGCAAAAAUAUAUUUGGUUUUUGCUUAGU